UUGUUGUUUCAUACAGCGGAGAGGAAGAAGCAGAACCCACGUUGGUUAAAUCCUUCCAUUCCAGCUCUUUCAGCACAGGCAGACAGUCGGUCAUUUCCAUCCGCAAAAAUGAACGGCGUAAACGACGAGCCAAUGGCACCACAAACAUUUCUUUACGGGUGUGUUCUGCAAGCUGGCAAGGAGGUGGUCUUUAAUCCUGAGGAUGACGACUUUGAGCACCAACUAGAUCUAAGGAUGGCAUGUGUUGACCCAAGCACAAAAGAUGAGCUUCAGGUGGUGGAGGUAGAAGGACAGAAUUCAGAGGAAGAACAAGUUAAAGCAACACUAGCUUCACUUAAGCCAUCUACCCUGCCGAGUGUGUGCCUUGGUGGGUUCACAAUCACACCCCCAGCAGUGUUUCGUCUCAAGGCGGGGUCAGGUCCCGUCCACAUCAGUGGACAGCACCUUAUCAUGAUGGGGGGUGAUGAGAGUUUUGGUGAAGACAGUGAAGAAGAAGAAGAGGAGGAGGUAGAGGAAGAUGUUAAAGUCUCAAAGAAAAGACCCGCCACAUCCCCUGCUACAAAGUCCCAGAAGAAAAGGAAAAUGGAGGAGGAAGAGGAGGAUGAUGACGAGGAGGAUGAGGCUGAAGAGGAUGAUGAUGAUGCAGAAGAGGAGAGUGAAGCUGAAGAGUCUCCUGUUAAGGCUAAGCCAACCCCAACCAAACAAAAAGGCAAGGCUCAGAACGGCAAGAACUCUGCACCGAGCACACCUGCCUCCAAGCAGACCCCAAAAGGAAAAGGUGAGAAGACUCCUAAGACUCCAGCAACACCCAAACUGAAUCUGACCAUCCCAGAGAUUAAAGCCAAAAUAAUGGAGGCCAUGAAGAAGGGAGUCUCACUACCUAAAGCCCAACCCAAGUUUGAGAACUUUGUGAAGAAUUGCCACAAAGUGACAGACCCCAAGGUUGUUGCAGAGCUGUGGAAGUGGCGACAGACGGUGAAGGAGGAAAAGUAAUUGGCUCUGUAGUUUUAACAAUUUUAUGAAUUAUUUUUUCCCCAUACCCUCUCUCAUGCUCUGUACGUCCAAGUCUUUGCCACAGUUUUCCAUGAAGUCACCCUGCCUUCCUGAAUGUAGAGAUUAUGGUGGCGAUGAGCUGCUGGCGUGUUGUAUCACUUCUCCUUUACAUGAAUAAACCUGUUUGUUAAAUAA